CAUGGUCGAUCAAACAAUCGCUGAUAACGUCACUUUUCCGUUGUUUCACUGUCUUCCUGGUCAUCUUGUCUGUUCUUGUUUUCAUUCUCAAGAAUUUUUUCUUUCCUGUAGAAGUCUGGCAGAAGAGCCCUGGUGCUUUCAAUAAACCAUUCAAAACACUUCCAGAGAUUUUUCUUACCAAAAAUGUUUUGUAGUGUCAGUGGCCAAUUAUGUCCUUCUUGAAUGCAUUCCCUAUAAAAUGGAAUGCGUUGAUCUUCAUAUCGUUCACAAUGGAAUAUAAAAGAAAAGAAACAAUGAUGAAAGUAACAAGUUCUCAAAGUACAAAUGAUAUUGAUGAGAAGCUUGCAUAUUUACUUAAUCCUAUUAGAGAUCUUGCCAAGAAUUGGGAAAUAGAUAUUGCAGCCUAUUUGGAAAAGUAUUUAGCCGAGUUGGAAGGUGUUGCAAUUACUUUUAAUGAUGGAACAACAACUCUUAAUUUUGCUCAAGCUGCUUUACUUAUUCAAGGCACCACUUGUGUUUAUAGUAAAAAGGUUGAAUAUUUAUAUAACCUUGUGUUUCAAAUGCUUGAGCUUUUAAGUAAUAAAAGAAAAAGUCAACAACAAAAAAAUAAUGCUGAAAAUGAUAAAGAAGGUAGUGCAUUUGUGGAAACGGAAGAAAACCAUUUUCUAUCUCUAGAUGAUAUUAAAGAACAGAAAUAUUUAGAAAUGAAUGAAAAUGUAAAUAUUACAAAUAAAAGAAAAUCAACUCUUCAAUUAUUACCUUGUUUACCAACAUCACUAAUUCCUCUUGAAGAAGGAGAGAAGGGAAACAUUAUAUUGUAUAAUCACAAAGGUGAAAUUUUGGGUAACAAGCAUGAUUUUAGAAUUAAUAUCUGCAAUGUAGAUAAAUCUGGUACAUUAUUAUUUCACAUGUCUGAUAAUCUUGAAAUAUUUGAUGUACCUGUGCCUUCUACAAAGGAGUAUCAAAUAGAAGAGGAAUGCAAAGAUGACAAUGAUAUUUCAUUAGAUGAAGAUUGUAAUGAUGUUGAUGUACUUCCUAAUCAUACAAAUGAUGACAUUGCUGAAGAUCAUCACAAUCAGAACAAUGAUGAAGUUCAAAACCAGACUAUAAAUAAAAGUUCUAAUCCUGUUUCAAAAGAAACUCCAAAAUCUCUUAGGAGAUCUGCUAGAGUACAAAAAUUAUUAUCUGAUGCAGCUGCAAAAACAAAAAUUGAUUCAUGGAAAAAAGAAGAUCCUCAUGAGGAUAAGCAACAAUUAGUCAUUGGUAAAGGGAAAACAAUAAGAAUGUCAAAGAAGUUGCAACAAAAGAAACCUAAGAAUAAAAAGAAACAAAAAAAACCAGCCCGACUCCCUCCCGUUGCAGAAUUUUGUGCAAAAGCCUAUUUUUCACAUGUACCAAAAUUCCCAAAAAAUUAUUUAAAAGUACCAGAAGUGAUUGAAGUUGAAUAUAUUUAUUGGAAUGAAACAAAAAAUCGAGAGAAAUUUUGGAAAUUUGAACGGAAGAAGCAGAUUCCUGAGGAAAAAGAUGUUGAAAUGGAAGAUGAAAAUCAAUGGGAUGAUAAUGUUGAAGUUGAGCGUGCAGAAUCAGUCUGUGAUAAUUUUGAACCUAUGAAUGAUAUUCCAAAUCUAUUAGAUCCUGAAGCAAUAGAAAUUAUUAAAUCAGUAGAAGAAAGUGUUAAGCCUGAAAACAUUCAAGUUGUUUCUAGUUAUGAAACACUUGUACAGAAAUAUGUUGAAAAUUAUCUGUCUAGUGCUGCUCAAUAUUGCCAAAUAACCGAACUUGCACGUAGAGUUAAUGAAUGGGAAGAUAAAAUACAACCUAAAUUGCAAGAAGAGGAAAAACAUGAACCUUUUGACAUCCAUGUUUAUGGAACAAGAAUAUUAGACUUCUAUAGGGAUAAUAAUCGAAAACAAACAGUAAACUUUUCUACAGUGUGUAAGAAAAAGAAAAGAUGGGAAAUUUGCAGAUAUUUUUUGGCCACAUUACAAUUAGCCAACAAUUAUAAUGUUCACAUAACCAGUGGAGAGAAGAUGGAUACAAUGGAACUCACAUUAUUAUCUCGGAAAAGGCAUCAUGACAAUCUGAAUGAGUUUCAAACUUCAUGAAUUUCAUGACAAAUAGUGAUUGUAAUUAUUUUAAUAUUUCAUCUGUUGAUGGGCAGAUAUAUUAUGCCUCAAUCAUCUCUGUGUAUAAAGCUACCACAUAAAACAUCAUUUGUAUAAAAAUAUACAAUAUAAUCAGCCUUAAAAUUUUAAAUGUGUCAAAAAAACUACACACAUUAAUUGAAUAUUUUAAAUAUAAACUGAAAGAAUUGAAAUGACAUGCAUCUCUUCUGUCCAGUAAAUUUGAAAUUUAAGCCAUCAAUAUUUUUAGUUUAGUGGAAUCAUACACACAUAUAUAUUUUUAUAUUCUAAUAACCAAAAUUUAUUUUAUUUGUAUUUAAAUAAGAUUAAAAAAAUCUGAACAUUUGUCAGUAUUAAUAACAGAGUUAUAUUCUCUGUUUCUUGUACAGGUAAUUGUUAUUUCUCUUUUAUAGUAAGCUGUGUACAUUAUAUUAAAGGUUGUAUUUAAAAUGUUUUUGGGUAAAAUCAUAAACUUUUAUAUUCCUGGAAAUAAAGUAUUUUUAUUUAUUUAUUAAUGUAGAAUUGAAAACAUUAUUAAUAUUUUAUUAAUUUUGUUUUCUUAAUGAAAUAUUUUAUAGAAUCUAGAUUUUAUAAAUCAUAAGUAUGGACAACUGGAUGGCCAAAGUUGUUAAGAUAUCAGUUUGCUGCUCUGGGAAUCUGGGAGUUUUUCAUGGACAGACCAUCCUAGACAUGUUAGACCCUGCUUCACCAUCCAGCCACCCCUUGAUAGCCAGAUCGUCAAGCAGUUAAGAUGUCAGUCUACUUCUCUGGGAAUCCAGGAAUGAAUCUGGGUGAGUGGUAAAACCCAGGAUGGUCCUUCCUUGAUAUAUUGGGCCCCAUUCCUCACCCCAGUAACCCAUUGUGGCCUGGCCAAACCCAAGACAGGCAUGAGAAAAAAGGCCCUCUUAGUGCUCACAGGAUGGAGAGGGUAAAAAAAUAUAAAUGCAGAUAAUAUUAUGUUGUUACACUGUCAUGUAUAAAUAAAUUUACAAUUAUAAGUUAUUAAACAUUUUUAAUAGCACUUCAGAAUUGAUGUAUAGAAAUUUAUACAC